CUUUAAGUAAUGUUGAAAGAAGGAGCAGAUCCCAUUCCUAUAACUUAUAUCUUAAAAGAAGGGGAAAAUACCCAGGAAGUACCCUGAAACUUGGUUUUCAUCCGCGAUGAAGGGACAAGCCCUAAUGACAAUGCAAUAGAAAUUAAUUCUGGUAAAGGGAUAACUAUGCGGAUUCUACACUCUUCCCUUCCUACUCUUCAAAGAGACCCAGCAAAUCUAGGUCUCGAGAAAUCAAUCUACGAAUGAAGACUCUCUGAUACCCAAGCAAUGAACUUUGUUUGAGAACAAGAUGUCAUCCACUGGAAAACCAGAUAUAGCCAAGCUAGCAUUACAGAUUAUCCAGCAUCCAUCAAAAAGACUAAAAAAACUGUGCCUUUGACAGAGAUAAAGUUUGACCGAUCUCAGUCAAGUGACUUCAAGCAGAGAUUGAUUGAUAUAAUAGAUGGUAACUGUAAUGCAAGUCCUGAACAGAGAUAUGACUCAAACUCUCUUGCCCAAAAUGGGCACCAAAAAGAAGCUUUAAACCCCUCUGACUCAUCAGAGAACACUUCGUCAUACGAUGAAGAAGGAAGUUCAGAGGUAGUCGAAGAUUUAGACAAAUCUGAGAUUCAGAAUGAGGAUAGCUCGAAUCUCCCUGAUUUCGAGUUUGUCAAUGAUGAACAGAAACCUCAACAAGAUGUAGCCCAGAGUGAACCUAUCCAGCCAAAAAGUUCCAAUAAGGAUGAUGUAGAGUUUGACGAUGAAGAAGAUGAACAACUUUUUACAGAUUCUGACCUUUCAAAAAAGAGCGAUGAAAUCCUAGAAAAGAUGUUCUGAAAUAACAAAGAUGAGAAAGGAUUGACGAAUCUGACUAAUGAUGAGAUCAGUAGCCUCCUCGCCCAAAUAGACACAGACACCCUAGAAGAAACUCUUUCAGAAGAAUUGGAAGCAGGGAUGUCCCACAUGAACGAAACUCAGAAGGAAGAAGCAAUGAUGUCACAGGAUAAGAAGAGUUAUUUUUUGAAGCGACUCCGUCACGAAUUUCAGGAUGAUGAAGAUGACGAUGAAAUUUUACACAAAAGUGGGCAAAUAAGCCAGAGAAAUGCUAUAAGCUUCCUAACAACUCAACGAGAGAUAGAAGAAUCAGAUAGUGGAAGUGGUAGUGAAGGUAAUCUCUCUAUGAAUGCUAGAGUUCCUAACCCUCCUCAGCACCCUGUUCCUUUACCUGAGCCAAAAAGGGAAAAUUUAGCUGCCAUCAUCGAAGCACUGACUAAGUUUCGUGGUAUGGACAAAAUGAUAUUUCUAAACUUCUUCAGCAGGUUUGGGAGUAGAUAUCUUGAGGCCUUGAAAGGAAUCUUCUUUCCAAUGGAGGCAGAUAGAGAAACUAACAAGGAUGAUCUUGCCAAAUGAUGUCAAAUAAUAGUGUGAUUCAUCAAAAUAUGAGACAGAGAUCUUUUGAUGCUCCUACUUAGAAGGGAUAACUAUUACCUAACGUUUGGAGCACUUGAGUACAGCUCUAAAGCACAGCUGAAUAAGGUGAAUUACAGGAGUCAUGUGAACGACCCUACUAAGUACAAGCACUUAAACAGCUUGGGGUUACAGAAAUACAGAGACCAAGCUGAGUAUCUUUACCGACUGGUUUAUCUGAAGAGGAUCCUCAUAUAUCAUGAUUUUGACGAUGUACUAAUGGGAUUUCUAAGCAGUUGUGAAAUUAUUAUGAGCGCCGACCUCAUCAGAGCCAUCACUUGCGAUAAAGAAAUCUUCAGAAAAUUAUUAGACAUUGAACCAAUUGAUGAAGAAAAUGAAGAGGAAGGCCAGCAGGUCGAAGAUCAUGAUGUGAGGAAGGCAAAAAUGAAGUUCUUUAUGGAAAUAAUGACCUUUUUGAAGGGUAUCCCAAAUCCUAUGAUGAAAAGUCAAGUCAUUUCCAAAGUUAAUGGAGAAAAUCGACUCAUAAAUGUUUUGAUGAAUCUUCUUAAAGCUCCUCUUUUCAACUUGGUCGAAUUUGAAGAGAGAAGAAUCAAAAUGUGUCAAUCAGAAGAUGAUUACAAAAGUACUCAUCUGAGAACCCUAGAAAUAUGCUUUAAGCCAUAUUACGAGAUCCCUGUCAAAAUAAAUGAACUAGUUACUCUUGCCUUAGAAGUAUUUUUGGGAGUUAAUGCAUUAGAUGCAUGAUCUACCCACAAAAUGAUCUUGACCAGAUACAGCAUUGAAAAAAAGUCAACCCUGUUUGAAGACCUUGGGUUUAUACUUCUCCACACAAGAGAUGAGAUUAUCAAGGAGCAAGUUUAUGCCUUUAUGUGCUCAAUUGUAGAAACAAUCCCUCCAUUUGAUGACUGUAGGAGGAUAGCAAGUUUGUUCUUGGGUACUACACUGUUCAACUUCUUCAUCCCGUAUCUCGACCAGCCUGAGACAAUAAUUAGCGCACACAGAGAAGACUACCAUGUUACAACAAGUAUAAUCUGAAAAUUACUAAGAAUGUGCUUGAACAAAAGUAGAGAGGUCCACGUUGUAAACAGAAUAGCUAACACCAAAAUGAUGUGGAACCUCUCUAAGCUCUACAGUUAUGCUGCUAAGCACAUCAAGAUUGAGGUGAUCAAGUUAGUCAAAUUCCUCAUCCUCACUCCUGAUGAGCAGAUGGGAGAGACUAUCAUUGAGUCUGAUAUUUUACCGAAGAUUAUCCUUACACUUCGAGAGAGUGCUGAGAACCAAGGAAUUCUGUUUUGUCUUGUUUCAGGAAUGAUCAAAAGCAUGAUCAGCCAAAAUCGUGCCAAGUUAUGAAAAUACAUCACCCACUUCUUAUUUAAAGGAAAUGCACUAGAUGAUGGAGUGAUGCAUUUUAUGGAACCUCUUAAAGCUGUGGAAGAAAACAACUCGAAAUUAGCACAUGACGCUGAUAUUGGAAAAGAAACAACUAGCAAUACUAAUGCUUUGACAACAAGAACCCUCCGGUCGAGACUAAAGAUACUCCCAAUCCAGAUUUACUUGAGUACACUCCAUUACCUGAGACAAAAGAGCAGAAGUCAAAAUCGUCAGGAAUUCCUAAAAAUAGGUUAGAAAAUAUCAACAAGAAGGAAGUAAAGUCCUACUUUGACAUUCUUGCUUUGCAAGGAUUAGUCCGCUGCUCUCAGCCUUCAAAAUUUUUUGACCCGAAUUCAGAGGAGGAGAAGAAGCAAAAAGAGAUAAUUAAGAAGGGAGCUUUCGGAUUCUCAUCGAAAAGAGGAAAGAAUGGAGCAUUCAAUACCACUCAGCCAGUAG